AGACGAAGACGAAAUAAUCAAUUCCUAAUAUUUAUUAAUAAUUUAAUGGAACUUGUUUUUUAAUUCGAUAGUUCCAAUUCUAAUUAGGAACCAAUCCUAGAAUCAAGUAUUUUAGAUUUAUAAUCUUUGUUUAGAAUCGUUCUAGCACUAAUGGCCCAAAUGGGGGAACCUUUAACUCUAGCUAGAGAUAUAAAGAGAUCCAUUGAACUUCUCGAGAAACUUCAGAAAAGUGGAGAAGUGCCUGCUACUAAAUUAGCAGCCCUACAGAAAGUACUACAGAGUGAUUUUUUAAAUGCUGUACGGGAAGUGUAUGAGCACGUCUACGAAACAGUAGAUAUUCAAGGGUCUCAAGAUGUACGAGCAUCAGCAACAGCUAAAGCAACUGUUGCUGCUUUUGCAGCAAGUGAAGGGCACGCUCAUCCAAGAGUAGUAGAAUUACCAAAGACUGAUGAAGGUCUAGGUUUCAAUGUUAUGGGAGGAAAGGAGCAGAACUCUCCAAUUUAUAUUUCUAGAAUCAUACCAGGUGGUGUAGCUGAUCGACAUGGAGGAUUGAAACGAGGAGAUCAGCUUCUCAGUGUUAAUGGAGUGUCUGUUGAGGGAGAGAACCAUGAAAAAGCUGUUGAGCUCUUAAAGCAAGCACAUGGAUCUGUGAAGCUGGUAGUUAGAUACACUCCUAAAGUUUUAGAAGAAAUGGAGCUACGCUUUGACAAACAACGGGCAAGAAGAAGACAGCAUGUCAAUUAAAUGUGAAUCUGUUUGCAGAGCAAUAAAAUGAUUUUAUCUCUUGAUUAAUGAUAUAUGCUGGUGUGCAUCAAUUAGAAGUAUUACUGUGCAAUUCUCAGUAUUUAAUGAAUAUUGUUGUAAUGUUAAUUUUUUUUAUUAUGUAUUGUUGAAAUGUUUUAUUCGAAUGUAUCUUAGCUUCAUGAAAAUAAACUUGAAGAAUA